AUGUCAACUCAAGCUGCAAAGCAACCAUUUACACCUAAAUAUGAAAUAGCAACUGGUCUUCAUAAAGGUCGUAAACUUGAAAAAUUUGUUUCAAAACGUGUUCGACCAACACGACGUCAUCAAAAAAAAAGUAAACAUGUUAAAUUUGUUCGUGAUCUUGUUCGUGAACUUGUUGGUUUUAUGCCAUAUGAACGACGAGCUAUGGAAUUAAUGAAAGUUGGCCGUGAUAAACGUGCAUUAAAAUAUGUCAAAGCACGUUUAGGAAGUCAUCAACGAGCCAAAAAGAAACGUGAUGAACUUCAAGCUGCUAUUCUUGCACAACGCAAAGCUCAUAAAUAA